UCUUGUGUUUUCAGGAAUCGAGGCGAGCGAAGGAUGAGCGCUUUCGAGUGCGUGCGUCAGGUGUAUCAGACAGACGGCUUUCGAGGCUUCUACAGAGGGAUGUCGGCAUCCUACGCCGGCAUCUCAGAGACUGUGAUCCACUUUGUGAUCUAUGAAAACAUUAAACGGCGCCUCCAGGAGGCCAAGGCACCGCAGAAUAUGGACGAGGAGGAGGAUUUGACAAAAGAUGCUUCAGACUUUGUGGGGAUGAUGCUUGCUGCUGCCACCUCCAAGACUUGUGCCACAUCUAUUGCUUACCCUCACGAAGUGAUUCGCACGCGACUACGCGAAGAAGGCACCAAGUACCGCUCUUUCUUCCAGACUCUAACGACAGUGCCCAAAGAGGAGGGCUUCCGCGCCCUGUACCGCGGUCUCACCACCCACCUGGUACGCCAGAUACCCAACACGGGCAUCAUGAUGUGCACCUACGAGCUGGUAGUCUACCUCCUGAACGGUUAAAGCCUCCCCACCCCACCCCACCCCCCUCCCUCCUCCUUUGGAGAAAGGAGACCCAGAGCACCUGCACACCAGCUAGCACAGCUAACAGCCUGCUUCCAGAGACAGCACCUCAACUGCUGUCUUGGUGACACAAGACAACACGAGCGGUCGUUCAUAAAAAAAGUCUGGAGUUUUGUUGUAUAGACGAAGAAGGAGUGUGAGAAAGAUCUUUGCGUUGGUUUGGGCAUCGAGGUUUAGCAGUGGCAAAGAAGUAGAUCCCCUGUUUUCACUUUUAUUCCAUCCUUUUCUCCAUUCUGACGUAAACUUUCUUCCUUAUGAAGAAAGAAGCUAACUUCCAGUAUAUUCUGUCUCUUAACAUUACUAAUAAUGAAGCUCCGUAAUACCGAGUGAGCAUAGAAGCAUCUUAAGUAAAAAGCUUAGAUCCAUUCCUCAUGAUCGCUUUCUUUUAAAAACAGUUUAGCUCUAGUGCAUAGUACUCCACAUAUCCCUCAGAGAAGCAGCAGAAAUGCAGAAUACAAAGGCCCCGAAGUCGAUAGCUCAUCUUGAUGUGCAUCACAGAGGUCCUGAGAGCGAGGAGGAAUCGGGGGUUUGUGGCUCACAGAGGGGUGGAGGGAGGUGGAUGGAAAAAGACGUGCCUUGUGUGAAGACUGUUGAGCAGCUGGAGAUGCAUCUCUGGCUGAUCUAGAACAACAAAACGUCAAGUCAUACACUGGUGUUGUUUGAUUUCAGGUGCCCUCAGUCACCGUUUUUACAUAUCAUGAAGUUAAAUGCAGUCACCUGCUGGUUUUCAGCGUCCCUUACACUGACUCUGAUAUCAUCCAAAUGAUUCAAUUCUGUAAACUCACCAAACUAAACAACAGUAUAAUCCACCGCUCUAAAUGCUGCUGUGGUUCAUGGUGUGAAGUAAAAAACAGUAGAGGUAACUAAGCUUAACAGACUGCGGCAUAGAUGCAGAUAAAUAUAUGAAAUAACUACCUAACGUGAUUGUAUUUGUCGGGCCAAUUUAGUCGAGAUGCAGACGUGUAGUGUGUUUUCUUUACUGGAGCACUUGGUAGUUGUUACCUUUCUCUCAGAAAACGUUAUUGUUCAAUAGCGGCUUUUCUUUCUCCAUAGUGCUCAUCUCAUUGUAUUAUAAUUUUUUUUUUUUCCCUUAGCUGGAAAAUCCAGGCUAGUUUUCCAGGCGAGGACAAUCCUCUUGAGUUUACACUGGAACACUUGUUGUACAGCUUAGCCAGCACGUGGAGGAGGUUGGCCAGGAAUAUUCUGUGUCAUAAAACACACAUUAAUUAACUGCAGUUUAAAAACAAAAAAGAAGUUUGUUUUUGUUGAUUCCCUAUGAUUUUUUUUUUUUUCCAGUCGUUUUCAACCAGUUGGAAAAAUCUUUUUUUGGGUGAGUGUGACCAGAGGGUCAGUGUUUUAUGUCUUCUUUGGAAACCUUUGAGGUUUUUUUUGUGGCAUCUUUGUUUAAACAUUACAAUUUUUUUUGUUUGUUUUUGUUUUUGUUUUGCUGUGAUUGUAUUUAUCCUCCUAUUGUGAUCCUCCCAUCAUAGAGUGAGUGUGUUAAACGGUGAUUCAGCCCAUUACGCUAACAACGCACAAUUCGCUUUAUGACCACGGGCUCGCCCUUCAGAUGUCUUUAUCCAAACACUUCACCGCUCAGCUCUUGGUUUUACAGCAUGCACAAAGGAUGCUCUAGACUCUUCUUUAGACUCUGUGUUAAAGUGCAGAGUGUGUGCGUGUGUGUGGCAUACAGUACCAUCAGCACACACUUUUGAUGUCGUGCAAAUCCACGAGUGAUCUGUUGCUGCUAGUAGCGAUCGGACAGUUGCGUAUCACGGUGCUGGCUUCACUCACGUGGAUUUUGAAGACUGGACAGAUAGUGUGAGCUGAUUGUACCUAACCCGAUUAAAGGCUCAUUUCGCUCAAAUAAGAGAAAAUCUUUUCCCCCUGACUCCUAAAAAUCUGGAGCGUAAAAGUGCUAACGAUGAGUACAUUUUAUUUUAUUUUUUAAACUUCGGGUGAUGUGACCCUGUACAUGUGCAUUUCAAAGCAUCUCUUCAUGUUAUUUGUCAGAUGACCCAAUCUUCCCUUGUUAUUCCUCAACCCCCACACAUUUGCAUUAUGUACAAGUGAGUGUGUGUGUGGGUUUUUGUUUUGUUUUUUUUGCGAGCGCUUGUCCAGAUCAGACUCCCAUGUGUGUCAUUCAGUUGUAUUGUGUGGGUGGGAGACCUGCAAACAGUGUUGUUGUUGAGUUUUUUUUGUUUGUUUGUUUUUUAAGUUAAUCACUUGAAAUUUUUUGCCUUUUCCUGACGCUCUUUGUUGUGUUGCUCCAUGUUGUCCUUGAUGAGUCGGCUGUGAGUGCGACUCACUAUGCAUUCUCUCAUAACUGUUUUUGUAAAACAAAGUGUCAAUAAACCGGAAGGAGUGCAAAUGUA